ACUCCAUCAAAAGCAUCCAGCAACCAUAACCACGUCCGGCCCUCUCUUCCAUCACCGGGAACAGCAGUAAGCAGCAGGUCCGGUCUCCUCCGUGGGUGAGUCGCACACCUCUCACUCUGCAGCCAUGGCGGACGUGUCUGGCAACGUGCUGAAACGGCCUCACCCCGAGGGUGAAGACAAUAACGCGCAGAAAAGGUCACGGUCCAACAAUGGCUCUCCUCUACCAGGAAACAAUGGACCUACCGGCAAGGUCGACAUCGAGAAGAUGGUCGCGGAGGCGCGGGCCAAGGCAGAGGCAGUCCGCGCGCGUCUCCAGGCUGCAAGAGGAGGAACUCCCGCCUCAGCAGUAUCAUCUCCCAGCCCGGCGCCUCCAGCUGGCGGCCCGGCCAUGUCAAGACUGGAGCAGAUGAAGGCUCGAGUUGCGGCUGCUACAGGAAGAGCGCAAGCGGCAGCAGCUCAGCAACGGGUCCCUGCUCCAGCUCCCAGUUAUCAACCUCCGGCCUAUGACGAUGACGGACUGUCGAAAGCUCGCGGCGGUUUGGACGUGGGAUUACAUCCGGCCCUACUUGCAGAUGCCGGUCAGGAUGCACGAGGUACAAAAGGGCGACAGGCUAUGCAACCGAAGUUUGCGACGACCAUGGCAAACCGUCGUACGGAGUCUCCCGUGUCCGCUGGAAAGGACAAAUUGGACCUGUCCGGUCCAUCUUUGGAGGAGAUCAAAAAUAAUCCAUAUUUCGAUCCGAAUCUUGGCCCGAAGGCCACGAUACCCAGACCACGUCAGUCUCGCCAGCUUAUUUUCAACCAGAAGGGCAAGUAUAUUGCGCAAGCGGCCGCACUGCGGCGCCAAGCGCAACUUGAGGCUAUGAAAAAGCGGAUUGCGGAGAGGGCCCGUCAAGCUGGUAUUGAUGAGGACUUAGACGUAGAAAAAGCGUUCCUGGUUCCCGCACCUCCAGCUAUCGAGUGGUGGGAUGAGGGCCUGGUAAAUGGCACCGACUAUUCUGCCAUUGACGAUGUGAACAAUAUGAAGAUCGAUACACCGGACUCUAUCAUUACUCGUUAUGUUCAGCAUCCUGUUCUUCUCGAACCCCCUCAGGAUAAGCACAUUCCUCCCCAGAAGCCCAUGUAUCUCACAGCCAAAGAGCAGGCCAAACUUCGUCGACAACGACGAAUGGCUGAUCUCAAGGAACAGCAAGCAAAGAUCAGACUGGGUCUCGAACCGGCACCUCCACCCAAGGUCAAGAAAUCCAACCUCAUGCGGGUGUUGGGUGAGGAGGCCGUCAAAGAUCCUACUGCGGUCGAAGCUCGUGUGAACAGGGAAAUUGCGGAGCGUCGUGAGAAGCACGAACAAAUGAAUGAGGAGCGGAAGCUGACCAAGGAGCAACGCCGUGAGAAGCUUGCGAUGCAGCAAGAGAAAGAUGUAGAGAAGGGUGUCUUCGUCUCCGUAUACCGCAUCGACAGCCUCGCAAACGGCCGUCAUCGCUUCAAGAUCAGCAAGAAUGCGGAACAGAUGGCACUCACUGGCAUAUGUAUCAUGCACCCGAAAUUGAAUUUGGUGAUCGUUGAGGGAGGGCCCCACUCGAUCAAGGACUACAGAAAGCUGAUGCUCAAUCGCAUUGACUGGACAGAGAACGAUGGUCCAGGUGCUGUGCGCGAGGGAAAUCGCGAGGCCCUGGCAUCAUGGUUAGCUGCCGAGGACGAAAAGGGAGAGCUGAAAGAUCUCAGUUUCAAUACAUGCACACUACUAUGGGAAGGUCAGGAGAAGGCUCGGGCGUUCAGAAAAUGGCUCGGUGCUCGUGUCUGCGAGUCCGACUCGGCAGCCAAGGACGCCCUAGCUCGAGCAAAGAUGGAGAAUUUCUGGACUCUAGCUAAGAGUUCCAAACAAGCUGGCAUCUCAUAGUUACGGGGAGUAGCGAUGGCAUGGCACGAUUGUUAUGGAAAGCAAGUUACCAAAGGACUCAAUAGCUAUCAUUACAUAGCGAUAUCUGUAUACCUAACAUUGAUGGCGACAUUACUCCAUCAUACAUGCAUUGCCUCUCACAAGGCGGAUAUCCAUAUCCACA